GCCACUCGCGUCGCUGGCGCGCCCCCGUCCGCGCCGUCCCGUCCCGUACUGCCCCGUGUCACCGCCCCGUGUCACCGCCCCGUGUCACCGCCCCGUGUCACCGCCCCGUGUCACCGCCCCGUGUCACUGCCCCGUGUCACCGCCCCGUGUCACCGCCCGUGUCACCGCCCGUGUCACCGCCCGUGUCACCGCCGUUCCGUGAGUUGAGCCAUGAAGGAGACUCCCGAACAAACGGACACGGUGCCUUCGGGCUGCCCUUUCACCGGCUUCGGCUCGUCCAAGUACCAUCCGAUGAACAGGAAGUUCAUGAAGCUGAAGAACUAUCAGAACGGUCAGGAGUUUGUCGACACACUCUGCAACCAGGCCCAUGAGGACACGCCGUGUCAGCCGAAGCACUGCGGGGGCAGUGUGAUGUUCCCUCGCUCUCCGGAGCACCAGGACCGACCUCGUGGCACUCCUCGCUCCCAGGAGGUGCUCCUGCAGGAGGCCAAGGAGUUCAUCGACGGCUACUACCGGUCCAUGAACAGGCCGCCGAGUGGGUUUCACCAGGCGCGCUGGGAGCAGAUCCAGGCCGAGGUCGCCAAGACGGGCACCUACCAGCUGACCACGCAGGAGCUGACCUACGGCGCCAAGAUGGCCUGGAGGAACGCUUACCGCUGCAUCGGCCGCAUCCAGUGGAACAAGCUCACGCUGUUUGACGCGCGCUCGGUCACCACUGCUGGUCAGAUGUUCGACGCCAUCUGCAACCACAUCAAGUACACCACCAACAAGGGAAAUCUCAGGUCGGCCAUCACGGUGUUCCCUCAGCGCACGGACGGCAAGCACGACUACCGCGUGUGGAACAUGCAGCUGGUCUCGUACGCCGGAUACCGCAACGAGGACGGCACCAUCACCGGCGACCCGGCCAACGUCGAGUUCACUGAGGUGUGCCAGAAGCUCGGCUGGAAGAGCCCCAAGGGGCGGUUCGACAUCCUGCCGAUCGUGGUGUCUGCUGGCGGACAGGACCCGGAGUUCUUCGAUAUACCCGAAGAUGUCAUCCUUCGCAUUCACAUCUCUCACCCCAAGUACCCGUGGUUCAAGGACAUGGGUCUGCAGUGGUACGCGCUGCCGGCGGUCUCCGGCAUGAUGUUCGACUGCGGAGGCAUCGAGUUCUGCGCGUGCCCCUUCAGCGGCUGGUACAUGAGCACCGAGGUGGCGGCGCGUGACCUCUGUGACCCGCAGCGCUACAACAUGCUCGAGCCCAUCGCCAAGAACAUGGGACUGGAUACCUCCAACUACCGAAACCUGUGGAAGGACCAGGCACUGGUGGAGGCUAACCUGGCUGUCCUCCACAGCUACCAGGAGGCGAACGUGACGAUUGUGGACCACCACACGGCGGCCGACUCGUUCAUGAAGUUCAUGGAGAACGAGCAGCGUCUGCGCGGCGGCUGCCCGGCCGACUGGGUGUGGAUCGUGCCACCCAUGUCCGGAUCGGUCACCCCCGUCUUCCACCAGGAGAUGUCGCGCUACAUCGUCAAGCCGACCUACUCGUAUCAGGUGCAAGCAUGGAAGACCCACAACUGGAAGAAGCGCGAUGGCAGCGAGGCGGUGCGAAAGCAGCAGCGCAAGUUCCAUUUCAAGGAGAUCGCGGGCGCUGUCCAGUUUGCGUCUCAGCUGUUCGGGGAGGCACUCUCCCGCCGUGUCAAGGCCACCAUCCUGUACGCCACGGAGACGGGCAAGUCAGAGACGUACGCCAACAUGCUCGGCCAGGUCUUCAGCCACGCCUUCAACGCCCAGGUGAUGUGUAUGGACGACUACGACAUCGUCGACCUCGAGCACGAGGGCCUGCUGCUCGUGGUGACCUCCACAUUCGGAAACGGAGACGCCCCGGAGAACGGAGAGAUAUUCUUCAAGGCGCUGCAAAACAUGGCAGAGGAGUACCACCUGAUGAUGUCGUCCACCAAUACGCUGGACAGCGUGCCCGACAUCAAGAAACCCUUCAACCCCGCGCAGAGGAUCGUGCCGGUGGGUCAGUUCGCCCGCUCCCAAUCGACCCCCAAGGGUAUGUCGGUCACCGAGCCACUCUCCAAGGCCGUGCAGAACAUGAGCGUGCCGAACACGCCGGACCGCACCGGACAGAACGGAGACUGGCAGCGCUGGCCGUCCGUCUACAGCGAGGCGCCCGCCGGCAGUCUGGCCAACGUCAGGUUCGCCGUGUUCGCGCUGGGCUCGAGCGCCUACCCCAAGUACUGUCAGUUCGGAAAGGACGUCGAUAGCCUGCUGGGCCACCUCUCCGGGGAGAGGAUCGAGCCCGUCGCCUGCGGAGACGAACUCAACGGACAGGAGCAGAGCUUCAAGGAGUGGGCCGCCGACGUCUUCAAGGCCGCGUGCGACGCCUUCUGCCUGGAGAGUGACUCGGUGAUGGCCCGUGCCACGGAGCGUCUCAACUCGGACAAGGCUGCCAGCCCGGACGCAGUGCGUCUGAUGCAGACACACACUGCCGAUGAUCUGGUGCCGGGCCUGGGCCGCUGUCACGGCCGUCAGCUGAUCUCCUGCACGGCCAAACACGCGAGAAUGGUGCACGAGAAGGACACCGGUCGCAGCACCAUCAACGUGUCAGUGACCUCUGGUGGUAACCCGUCGAAGCUCAAGUUCAAGCCAGGCGACCACCUGGCGGUGUUCCCGAGGAACCGCCAGGAGAUUGUGAACGCGAUCCGCCGGCGCCUGAUCCGCUGUCCAGAGGGACCCGUCGAGCUCCAGGUCAUGAGGAAGGUCACCACCCCGCUUGGCGUCGACAAGCGCUGGGAGGCGCACCAGCGUCUGCCCCGCACCACUGUCACCGAUAUGCUGACCUGGUACAUGGAUGUCACCACGCCUCCCACACCCAACAUGCUGCGCAUGAUGGCUGCAAUGGCCACCGAUGAGAACGAGCAGACCAAGCUCAAACUGCUUGCCACGAACGGCGAGGCGUACGAGGAGUGGAAGUUCACCAACUGGCCGAACCUGGCCGAGACGCUGGCAGAGUUCCCGUCGAUCGAGGCCGACGGACCGUUCAUCCUCUGCAACCUGCCGCUCAUGCAGGCCAGGGCGUACAGUAUCUCGUCUGCCCCCGACUACCGCCCGGACGAGGUGCAGCUGACGGUCGCCGUCGUUCAGUACCACACUCGGGGCGGCCAGGGCCCUCUUCACUACGGUGUGUGCUCCAACUACCUCAACGAAAUCGAGGAGGGCGAUCGGAUCAUCUGCUACUUCAGAAACGCUCCGUCGUUCCACAUGCCUGAGAACAAGUCGGACCCGAUCAUGAUGAUCGGACCGGGCACUGGUGUGGCUCCGUUCCGCUCCUUCUGGGAGCAGCGGCACCACGAGAAGAGACGCGCGCCUGAGGGCACCAAGUUCGGCCCGAUGACGCUGUUCUUCGGCGGACGGAGCCGCGCGAUGGAUCUGUAUGCCGAGGAGAAGAAGGACAUGAUGCAGGACGGGGUGCUCACCAAGUGUCACCUGGCCCUCUCCAGGCAGCCAGGUGUACCCAAGACGUACGUGCAGGAUCAGCUGAUGGAGCAGCAUGAGGACGUGCUGGAGUGCCUGACGAACCCCAACGGCCACAUCUACGUCUGCGGCGACUGCACCAUGGCCCACGACGUCUACCUGACGCUGGAGAAGAUGCUUUACACCAAGGCUGGCAUGGAGCCAGAGCAGGCUAAACUGUACAUGGAGAAAAUGAGGGAUUCCAACCACUACCACGAGGACAUUUUCGGCAUCACCCUGCGAACUGCCGAGGUCACCGACAAAACCCGGGCGCUCAUCAGCAAGAAGGCCUCGAUGGACAAAGACACGGGCGCCGACCGUCUUCCCAAGUAUCGUCGCGACUCCAUCGGAGUCCUGUAAGACGGCCGGCAGACAGCUGGCUGACCUUGACCCGGGCGGGGUCACGGCGGGGUCACGGCUCAGAGAGCGGUGAUUGGUGGAGCAGCAGUGACAGUGACCGGACGGGUUCGGCCGAAGGUCGCACCGUGGAAAUACUGGGCUGAUCAUGUGAGGUGGUUUGGGUAGCCGUACAGUGCAGCAGCAACGACAACAUCGAGUUGAGCCCCAUAUGACUACCGGUCAUACCCAGGAGGGUCUCGAAAACACCCAACGAAUUGCAGUAUUGUUUAACCUAAGGCCAGCAGUGCGAGUGGUUUCUUUAUCGUAGUUUAGCAACUUGUCAGUGACGUGUGUAUGCGCAAAGCUCUCUGAUCUUCCAUCACGUUUUGUGUUAUGGAAGUGAAAUAAUCCCGAAAAUAACCAACGGUUAUCCAGGUUUGGUGUAGUUAUGGCCAGUAGAAAUGGUGGCGUGGCUGCCACUCGCAGCAAUUUUACUAAUAUCGCGCAAAUGAUCAUGUAUCGUGAUUUAUUCAUGCUAAUGUGCCACGUUGCGAAUUGUGCGAUCAUAUUAUUGUAGUUAGUUUAAUAUGUAGAUAAGCCAUUGGUACUUUGUUUAACCAUGUUAACUUUGUCUGAGAUUACCUAAAAGAGCAUGUAGGUAGAGUAGUCGGUGACAGGGGCGCCUUUUUCUCUCUUUUUUUGUGCGCGUUUUUCCUGGGUUUCUGAACGUAUCACAUUGUAGAUCCAAUUUUUAUGUAAGCACCCACCUCGUAUGUUCUCGCGCAUUCAUUACUCAUCUAAAAUAUUGAAAAGUUUAGAGUUAGCUUUGGACAGAAGUAGACGUGAACGCAAUGUAGCAAUUAAACUUAACAUUUAACAAACAGCGUGUUUUAUUCAUACGAGGUCAGAACUAUACGCGAACCACGCUACACAAAAAUUAUAAAUUGAUGCGUGUUUUCUCGGAGUGCGAGCUGAUUAGAGAGACGUUUAUACAAGCAGAGAGUUGAUCGUAGGUAGAAUAAUAUCAGCUAUAGUGAAUUAACAUCCGCAUAUGGGCUAUGUAUACAGGCUACCUAUGUAGGCAAGAGCAUAUUGUAAACAAAUUAAUUGUGAUUAGUUAUUUCGCUACGGGAAGUAGUAAUCAGGAAAAUGUACGACUACAUUACAUCUCUUAUAAAAUACAACAUCCCAGUCCCAAUCCUCACCACUACCGUGGUCGGACGAGUGGGCGCGGUGCGGGGCAGCCUUGCAGUGCCGCCGGGGUCGUGGAGCGUUACCGGGCUUGGGCGGUCCGGUCGAUCGACGAUCACUUUGACAUGUUUUGCAACAUAAAUAUUUUUUAUUCCGUUCUUCUUGUUCCAUUGUGUUUCAUCAUUAUUAUUGUUGCUAAAAUCGUUAAGUACUUCUCGUUUAGCAAGCGGCGCCAUGAUUUAAGUGCGUAGCACUUUUGCGCCAAUUGCAUACUUUAUUUGUUAUAUUCAUCUGUUUGUUAUUGAAUAAAUGGUCUCUCUCUC